AUGGCCCUCAAGGCCUUCCGAGACAAACAUAGAGAAGACAGGGAAGAGAAGUGGACUGGAAAAAUCGGGUGUGUUUGUAUUCGUGCCCGCGUGUGUGUGUGUGUUUGGGGAGGGAGGUGGCAUGGAUCCAAAGAGGACAUCCAGUCCUUCCUCGGAACUCAGUUCUGGGGAGCCCGGGUGGCCUGGCUCUCCCUGCAGCAAGGAGACUGGGGACUGCCCCCGCCCCACGCGCUCAGCGCAGAACCCGCGCGGCCAAAUAGCCAAGCGUCUGGAUUGUGCGCCUCUGGGAUUAGGAGGCUGGAGAGGCGGACGUGCGCCCCCGCGGCCGCCGCGGUUGGUCCAGACUUGGGGAUCCCAGGGCGGGCAGGACCCGUGCUCCGGGGCCACCCUGCGCCCCUGUUCCGCAGCGUUCUCCGGAGCCUCGGAUGCUCCCGGAACCCCCGCGGGCGGGGCCUGCCUUCCGGAGCCGGGCUGGCGGGCGGCGCUGGGGAAAGAGCCGCGACUUUCCCAGAGUGGCGGGGCGACGUCAGGCGGAAGGGCGCGGGGCGCGCACGCUUUAAAAGGCAUUCGCUGUCAUCCGAGCUCGCAGCCGUGGGGGCAGGAGCCGGCUAUAUAAGCGGCGAGCCGGACCGCCGCGGGGCAGACGGCGACAGCAGCGGCGGCGAGCGCCUCAGAGCGCAGCGGAGCAGCGACCCCGUAGCCCCGCGCCCCUCGACGGGUCCGCCUGCCCCCCCCCGAGGAGCGCCGACCCGGGCCCGCGAGGGCCGCCGCCACCCCGCAGCAGAUUUGGAUCCCCCGCCCGGCGAGCCCCAGGCUGCUGCCUCCCGGGGGGCCCCGGCGCAGCGGCCGCCCCCGGAGAGCCCCGCCGCCCCGCCGCCCGGCCCCGAAGACGCCGGCAGCGCCAUGGCGGCCGCCAAGCCCGGCGAGCUGAUGGGCAUCUGCUCCAGCUACCAGGCAGUGAUGCCGCACUUCGUGUGCCUGGCCGACGAGUUCCCACAGCCCGUGCGGCCCGCCAAGCUGUCCAAGGGCAAGGGCCGGCUGCGGCGGCCGCGCCAGUCCCGCUUCAAGACGCAGCCGGUGACCUUCGACGAGAUCCAGGAGGUGGAGGAAGAGGGCGUGUCCCCCAUGGAGGAAGAGAAGGCCAAGAAGUCGUUCCUGCAGAGCCUGGAGUGCCUGCGCCGCAGCACGCAGAGCCUGUCGCUGCAGAGGGAGCAGCUCGGCAGCUGCAAACUGAGGAACAGCCUGGACUCCAGCGACUCCGACUCGGCCCUGUGAGGGGCGCCGCCCGCAGCCGGGACUCGCGCGCCUCGGCGGCCCGCCGGGUACAGGUGUACGAACCCCUAGGGGCCCCGCCCCCCGGGGUCCCCCCGAGAACCGGGGACCGCCGCCCCUCGAGCGCUUGCACCCUCACCCGGCUACGAACUGGUCGGGGCUCCCCGAGCUGCGCUCGCCCUGGGCGGGAGCGCGCGCCGGGGCGCCAGGGAGGGGGCCCGCUUUCUCUGCCCUUGUAAAUGUUUAUUUUUUAACUCUUCCCAGUACGAACUCUGCUGUGAGUGUGUGCGGGGAGGCGCACCCUCGCCGAGUCGCCCCGGGUCACCAGAGCUUCCCGGAAAGCCGCUCCACGCCCUUGUCCGAUGGUUUGCAACUCCGAUUUUGCACAUGGCUCCACCGUGCCCCCCAGCGCACACCCGUUCACACUCACUCCCACACACUCUCGCUGAACACUUUUAUAAUUGUUAGGCGCGGCCGAUGGGACUUGGGGUGCAGCGCAGCUGCUGCUGUGGCCGGAGGAUUGAUAUUUAUUUUUGCAUUGCGAUGGCUGACGGCGUUUAUUUAACGAUCUUUUUACCUGGAUAUGUCUGUGAGACUCCCGAACGGAGACAAAUAAAGUCAAUAUAUUUGCACAGUGCAUUUCUCAAG